CUCCCUGAACACGCUGCCCGCUCUACCUGUCAUCGACGAUACCACACAACAAGAUGCCUUCAGACAAAUGCAUCGAGAGUUGAUCUACUUGGCGGCGCACCUGUACUUCGCCAUCAACAACACCGACCACACUAACACCUUUUGCAGCCACGAGACGAGUCAGUUCAGCCUUCACCUCAGGCGGCUGACGGGGAUGCUAGAGAACCUACUGUGUCGGCUGACGGUGAUGAUAAACAACAGGGAACAACUGACGCCGGUCCUGGAGGAGGUAACAACACUGCACUUGUUGCAUGAAGCCUCCUGUGGGGGCCGACGCCUGUGGAUGUGUAUCUUGAUCUCCCGCACCCGCCGCGCCCUCGUCAUGAUGCGCGGAGUGCUUCAGAAUGGACACAACAACUCUCCUAUCAACAACGAUAUCAAUGUGGUGACGACACAGCGUAAGAGGUUUUCCCGUAGGAGGGGAGUAUCAUCUCCUCGUCAGGGGAGCCACUUGGGGUACCUCCGUCGGCGUACCUCUACAGCCUUCCUGGUUGCUCUUCAACAUUAUCUCACCCACGAAUACCCAAGCGACCCUCGACCUUCCUCCUACAUUCGCGGAGCUUCAAGAUACACCACCAUUCACGGAUUCUCCAACGCUUCAAAUUCCUCCCCCAACAACCUCGAUGGCUCCUCCAACACCCCUGGUUACUUCAGCCCCCCAGAGGCAUACAACGAUCUUAGUCUUUACAGGAACCCAAGAUUCUAUAACCCUCUGGACUAUGUUAAUACUUCUUCAGGUAUACCCAGCAAGCAUAACAGCUCUGGUCUCUCCAAUAUCAACAAUGUGUUCAGCUCCAUGGUGUCUCCUAACAAUCUUGACUACACCAAAACUGUGUACCCGUCAGACGUUCAUCUCCCUCCCGACACUGACAUCUCUCUGCACAGUUACUCCGACGUCCAUAGCGCCCUCACCGCCCCGGACUACCUAACUCUCAGGGGUUACUUUUACAAUCAGUUUCGUUCCAAGACUCAGGAUUAUUCAUCAGAUACCCCCAGCUACUACUCCAACACUCCCCUCAAAUACUCCAACAGCUUGAACCCAGUCUCCAGAAAUCCUACCACCUACUCCAACAUUCCCAUCUACUCCAGCGUGUCCGAGUAUUAUGAUACCCCUAGUCAAUCCAUCAACCCCAGAAUUUGAGUCUCAUAGUGUUGAUAGACCUUAAAACAGAAGAAGAAACAGAGACGUCCCAAUAACAGAUCCAAUUACCUUAUAGUGUCGACAAAUCCCGAAUAAUGAAAACAAUUCUUACACCUUAAACUCUGAUCUCGAGUUUACAAGUGGAGUUUGGAGACACCUAUAUAAUUCUACCAGUUGAGGACAUGUACGUGGGGUUAUGAGCAGAUAAUAACAGGUUUGGAUUCUUUUGUUUAUAAAUUAAGUCAAUUAAUUCAGGAUCCUGUUAGAAUUCACGUAUCGCCCCAGACUCUAUACUGUACA